AUAUUAUAAUUGUUAGCACCACCACAACAAGAUGCUUCUUAAAAUCCUGUCAUUGCUAACUUGUCUACUGUGCUUACAAGAAGUUAGUGCUACUUAUGGCUACAGAACGAAAUGCCACAAACCCAACUCUCCUUUGAAUGGUAACGUAACAAUGACAAGGAGUCAUUUUGGUUACCAAAAGCUCAUCUACUCGUGUAAUACUGGAUACAAACUGGUAGGAAGACAAACAAGGACUUGCUACAAUGGUGCAUGGGCUGGGUAUCAACCCAUCUGCCAGCCAAUUAAUGAUUCGUAUAAAAGGGUGCAUUACUCUUGCAGUCCUGGUUUCGUAUUAAUUGGGAAAAGCAAUGUUGAAAAUGAAACACUAGAAGGAAUAAAACCAGAUGAAUGUUACACGAAUCACUUAACAUGCAAACCAGCUGUUAAAUGUAUGUCACUAACUGCUCCUACCAAUGGAAGUGUCCAAUUCAACUUUGGCACAAAUCUUAAAUCCCGUGCCACAUUUUCUUGCAAUGCCAACUUGACACUGAUUGGAAGCUCCGUCAGAGAAUGUCAACCUGAUGGGAACUGGUCAGGGAAACAGCCAGUUUGUAGAGAAGCUAACGAUUGCCCCAAGCUACAGCCACCACACUACGGGAAGAUAUACGUUACUGGUUAUUUCCAUGGAGACUACGCAAUGACUAAGUGCUAUUAUGGUUACAGGUUGAUUGGGAAGGCCCGUCUAGAUUGCUUACACACUGGAAAGUGGACUGGGGUGAUUGGGAGGUGUGUAAAGCAAAGGAGCUACUGGAGACCAUUUUAUUAUUAAUAAAGUGAAUCAAGACAUCUGCAUUAUAUUAAAACUAUGACAAAACUCAAUACUAUUAUCGUAUGCAAAUUUGUUUUUAUAAUUAUUAAAAAUGUA